ACUUUCAUACAUCCUUUCUGCAACUGCUGCACGGCAAAUUCCCUCUGAAUAAAUAAGGUCUUGUAUAAUCUUGUUUAAUAUCUAUUCAUAAAUAUGGAUACAAUUAAAUAUAGAAGAACAAAAGAAACUAAACAGUUUAAUAAAUGAACAAUGAUAUCUAUUUUACGAGACAACUUUAGCUAGAUUUGACUGUUUUGGACAGAAAUAUAACACAGAGAUUAUUUGUAUCACUGAAUCAUUGCCUGGAUAUGACAGCUGUCUGUCACUUCCACCUCAGGGCUGCAGGACUAUUUACAAUGACGUAAAACCUCCCAUUUAACCGGAUAUUAUUAAAUCUAAUAGUCAGUGCUAGUCAAGAUCUAUGACCCAGAACAUAGUUUCUGCUUUUUUUGACAAAUCAUUUAACAUUUGGACAUCAUUUUAACAAAUAAUAGAAAAUUCUUAAAAUUGAUUUUCUAUUUUGCAAAAAACAGAACAACUGAAUCUUGGAUUACAUUUUUAUUAAAUUAUAGAAGUUUAGGUCAAGAGAAAAAGAAAAGAACAAAUGAUCAUGAAGAGAGAUUUAAAUGUAUGAUAAGAGGUGCGGUUGCUGAGUAAAUGAAGACUCUUUUAACACUUGUGUCUCUCGGCCAAUAGGAACUGAGACCGCGAUGCUACCUGACAUCAACAGAUGACUCUCUGUCUUAUAGAUCUUUGUUUAUUCUCAUAGAGGCUCUCAGUGGUCUUAUUUGGUUGAUGGAUUUGCAACUAAGAGCGCAGGAAGCUGCUUUUUGAAGAAAACUUGCUUGAUUGCCUCAAAGACGCACACACUCACAAAUACACUAUAGAAAAGUGAACUAGUGGUUUUUCCUGUCGAGACACAGCAUGUUGGAGGAGAGCUUCGAUACCGAGCAGUCUGCAAAGCCGGAAGACGUGAUGGAGAGGAAACUUGAGCUAAUGGAGUUUGGCGGGAAGCCGGACUACUCUCCGGUGUCGUGGAGGGAGUAUUUCGACCAGAUGGAGGACGUGAGAGUGGGGCCGCCCGACGACGGGGACGUCUACAGGAUCUACAAGGCCGGGCACGAUGGGCCGCUGCUGGUUCUGCUUCACGGGGGAGGCCACUCGGCUCUGUCCUGGGCCGUCUUCACCACGGCGAUCGCCAGCAGAGUGACCUGCCGGGUCCUCGCCAUGGAUCUCCGGGGUCACGGUGGAACCUUGGUCCGCCAAUCAGAUGACUACUCUACUCACACAAUGUCUAGCGAUGUAGCCAAUGUGAUCGGAGCCUGCUACGGUCAGACUCCUCCCCCAAUCGUCCUGAUUGGCCACGGCGUAGGCGGGGCAAUCGCAGUGCAUACAGCCAGCAACAUGCUGCUGCCGAGCACCGUGGGCCUGGUGGCAAUAGACGUGGUGGAAGGCAGUGCGACUGAGGCCCUCCACAACAUGCAGACCUUUCUGAAGGGAAGACCCAAGUCCUUCAAGUCCAUGGACCACGCCAUAGAGUGGAGCAUCGGCAGCGGGCAAAUUACCAACCUGGAAUCAGCCAGAGUCUCGAUGGUCGGUCAGAUCAAGAGAUGUGGGGUGGAGGAGGCCGAGGCGAUGGAGAAGGCCAGCCUGGUGGAGAAGGCCGGCCCGAUGGAGAAGUCCAGCCCGGUGACUGACGAGGUCGUCGAGCACAACGAAGAGUCCCGUGAUCAGAGCGGCGAGAAAGAAAACGUCACUUCGGAGGGUCAGGUGGUGUACGUGUGGCGUAUAGAUCUCUCCAAGUCAGAGAAGUAUUGGGACGGCUGGUUCAGAGGAACCUCCAAUCUCUUCCUGGCUUGCAACCUGCCUAAACUCCUGCUAUUGGCCGGAAUUGACCGGCUGGAUAGAAAUCUGACCAUUGGGCAGAUGCAAGGUAGAUUUAUGAUGCAGGUGCUGCCCCCUUGUGGACACGCAGUGCAGGAAAACAGGCCAGAAAAAGUGGCCGACGCUGUGGCCGCUUUCCUGUUAAGACACAAGUUUGCCGAAGCCAGACGAGAAACCGGGAGCUCCAACUCUUUCACACAAUGAAGUCUGGAGGCGGUUACAAAUGAAAACGAGCUCAGAGAAAAUGGAAACCGAGUCAAUACAAAAACUCAAUACAAAGUACAUUUGAUGGUUUUUGCACCUAACAAAUCCCAAAAGUGCAGAAGGCUAGUAGCCCCAAACCCCCUAAAGAGUCUCCAAAACAUAAUUACAAUGAUUAAAUAUAUUACAUUCGGGUUCCACUGUGAUGAGAUAUAAUCACAAGAUGUAAUCGUAACUCACAAGUUAAAAUUGUCAAAAUUCUUUACCCAAUAAGUCCAAACAUUUUUCUAGCCAACUUCAAUUAGCUUCAAUAUGUAACAUCUCUGUGGUAGAAUUGACUACAAAACAGGUACUUGGAAUCCAUACUACAUUGAAGUUGGACCACCAUUAAAACUCCUUUAGACAUCAUAAUAACAUUUAGCCUUUUUAACGUUAAGGAACAAGGAAAAGUUAUUUACUUUCACUUUAGCAGGCGGGUGACCAGUUUGUAACAUGCUAACAUUACCGUUAGCACAGCGGACUAGCAUUCUGUUACAUGCUAACGUUACCAUUAGUAAGACUGUAGCCUACACGUUACCAGCUCGUAACAUGCUAACAUUACCGUUAGCACAGCGGACUACCAUUCUGUUACAUGCUAACGUUACCAUUAGUAAGACUGUAGCCCACAGGUUACCAGCUCGUAACAUGCUAACAUUACCGUUAGCACAGCGGACUACCAUUCUGU